AUGGUGCGUCAUGCGCGCGUUGUCCCAGACUUGUGUGAACAGCUUGAACAUGAGAUAAGUUUUGAACAGGUUGAAGGGGACUUUGACUCAUUUAGAGGAGGGAGGAGAAUUGGGUUUUGCAAGCGUUUGAGAGUUGAUGGUGGAGAAGAUGCAGAGAUUAUGAGGAGGGAGAGUGGGUAUGGUUGGGUUUUGCAAGGAAGACGACGCUCGCUAGCUGCAAUUAGAGAAGAGGAGAAGACUCUCGCGGAGAAGACGACGCUCGCUAGGUUUAGUAAAGAAGACGAUGCUCACUGGGUUUUGCAAGGAAGACGACGUUCGCUGGAUUUUGCAAGGGAAGACGACGCUCGAUGGCUGUUGGGUUAUUUGGGCAGUUUUUAA